GAUGCGGCGAGCGUUUGUUCAAGUUUCUGUGACGUUUCCCUCAAACGCAGAGAGAAAUAAAAAGCUGUUGGUUGUCAAAGAGCAGACAUGUUAUACUGUAUAACAAUAAAUAAACCGGAUUAACUGAGCUGCUUCUGUCCUCAGCAUUCUGCAACUAACCCACAGGGCAAAAGCGUGUUGUGCAGCUGUUCAUUACUAUCAUGCAGAAGGAGUUGAGUAAAUCACUAAGGUAAGAGACGGAUGAGUCUUGCGGCAGGUGUGUGUGAACGAGCAUGUCACUGAUCGUGUUUGUGCUGGUGGCGCGGCUCAGGGAUGGACUCCCUCUGUCCGCCUCCACCGACUUCCAGCACAGCAGGGAGCUGCAGGAGAGGAAGCAGCAGAUCCGCACCGUUUCAAAAUCACUGAACUCGCUUCCUGAGAGAGGGAUCAUCAUGGGCCAGGAGCUCCAUAUCUACUUCUUCACGUCUGACGGCGUGGCCUACCUGAGUGUGUGUGUGUGCAGUGUGUCUGCUGCCGUGGCCUUCAGCUUCCUGGAAGAUCUUCGCUGGGAGUUCACGGCCAGCUUCGACAGCUCGGCGGUGGCCCAGGCGUGCCGGCCGUACCCGUUCCUGGACUUCGACGGCGUGAUUCAGAAGCUGCAGCAGCACUAUAACCAGAGCGGAGGUCCUGCUCUCGGAGUCACUCUGAGCACAGUGCAGGAGGAGCUCAGCCUCAGUCCUCCUCACGUCCUCACCAUGGACGAGAUACAGCUCAGUAACGGAGUCCUAAACGGCCACGCAGAGCAGACGGCCUCGUCAGGUCAGACUCAGAGGCUGGAGCCCGUGUCCGCGCCUGGAAUCCUCUCGCUCAUCCUCAACAUCAUGUGUGCUGCUCUCAAUCUGAUCCGGGGCGUCCACCUCAUCGAAUACACCUUCCAGGAUGAUUAUGAUGGAUUAUGGAAUGUCGUGGCGUUUCUUGUGGCGUUUGUGUGCUGCGUUUGCCAGUGCCAGCUUUAUUUAUUCCACUCAUCCCGGAAGAAGAUCAAGUCCUUAACACUCCUCACCAUGAUCAUCCUCUGCAACGGCUUCCUGUUUGGCCUGAGGAACGUGUGGCAGCUGGCCUUCCACGUGUCCGUGGCCUUCGUCUCCACCCUCCUCAUCCUCAACCGCAAACUACUGGACAGGAGCUCAGACUGUGGGGUGUGAGCUCACACACACACACACACACACACACACACACACACCCUGGCGGAGUCUGCUGGUGCUGCGUCUGAAAACACACGAGGUAGGACACAAUGUAGGACGUGACACGUGACUGUCUCAGGCUAGCAACAGCAAAAUGAUCCAUUUUCAACAGAAGACCAAAUUCCAGGACAAACAAUUGGACAAUUUCUGAAUUUUUGUAUAUUUGAGUGUUUAUAGCAUAAUACUGUUUCAUCAGUUGUAUUUUUUUAAUCGCACACAAAUAGGUGGCUAAUGAGCGGGUUUUUUUCUUCACAAAUCGCUAUGCUUUUUUGUAGGACAUAUUCUGAAUGUAAUAAGGUUGAGAGAUUAAUACAGGAACUUUAGGGACAAUCUUAAAUAAAUUGUAGGGUUUGUGUUAAAUAUGUUAAAUAUGAAAAAUAUCCCCUUGCUAAAAAAAAAAAAAAUGUUUGAUGUAAUUUUUGUAUCAGGUAUUUAAUCUACUUUUGUAUCAGGAGAUUUAAGUCCUUUUUUUUUGGCAAGUUUCUGAUUUAUUGAUUUGUGUUAAAAAGCUGAGUUGAGUAGCCCUGUCAUCGCACAGUAUCCCAAUGACGUAUUACACAGGACCUAGUUUGUUAGCAUAUUUGUCAAAAAAUAAUUAUUUGCACUAAUUAAUUGUUUACAAGUAAAUUUAAAAAUAUAAUUUUCUAGGUGUAAUGCUCAGAACUAUGCUCAUUUUGUAGCUGGCAGUAUUAGCUGGUAUGUUUAAUAGAUGAUGAUGUAUCAUAUUUUCUGGAGUUUACAGCAAGUUGUUUUUCCCCACCCUUCCCCUAAAGCAGGUUAUACGCUAUAAUCCUGGCAUUAGCCCUUUAUUUUAUUAUUUUUUUUAAAUGAUAGUCCUUGCUGCAGCCCCAAGAGUUGAGGGGGUGGAGCUGGAUCUGAUCCUACUCCUCCUAAGCCUAACCCUAAUCCCCCUGAGCCAGAUGAAAUACUGGACUCUUUAAAAGCUACACUGGUUGUACAUUAGUAUGUACCAGACAUUUUUAUGUAACACAGUGACUACAGUGAAAUUACAUUUAUGUGUUUUAUCCUCAAUGAACUGAAAUUACAGUCCAGAAAAUAUGGUACAAUAUUAAUUCCAGUUUUAAUUUUUGUUUUUUUUCAGUAACAGUUACAUUGUGACAUUGUGAUGAAUAUUGACAGAGUUGUAACUAGCCGUGUGCCGACAUAAUGACGUUACAUUAACCGAAUGAUUGAAUAACGUUUUAUUAUCACAGUUUAGCUUUUAUGUUUUAAAACAAAAACAGUCUUACAGCAGUUGUUCAGCUAACAUAACUAAUCUUUUUACACAGUUAGCUGUUGUAGCAUAGACCAAGCUGACAAACUCGGCUAGCUAAAUGAAUCUAGCUAGCUAAUUACAUACACACACUGUGGUGUCUGCCAGGCCAAACACUUUUCAGUCACUUCAUUUUAGUCUUAAUUUAUCAGAAUUAAUUUGAAACCAAUAAGCCUACAUUUCAUGCAUUAGCUUUGCAAUUAAUCUUUAAUACCAAGUGUUGUGGUAACAGCUAGCAUCUAAUGCUACAUGCUUCAUUAUUUCACAUAGCAUGUGUUUCUACAUAGAGUUACAUUUUGUAGUGUUCAACAGCAAUUAUUUAUGAUACAUUAUAUUUAAAAUGAUUUAACAUCUUGUUAUAUGGCAGGCUUAGUAAACUCUAAAUCGUCAAGGGCUCCAUUUUUACUGACAAACUUUUUAAACAACUUUUAGCGUAAAGCUACAAAUCCUGAUCAUGGCCUCACUCUGAGGUUAAGCUCAUGAACAGACUGAGGCGACAGUGAGGAUUUUUACAAAUGCACAUAUCCUAACGCUCGAAGUCUGUAAUUCCUAAACUACUGUGUAUAUUGGAAUAAUAAAACAUAUUUUUAUAUUUUUACAUUUGUAAUGUUUAGAGAUGACGUGUAUAGUGUAGAAGUUUUAGCUGUGCUAAUAGGUUUCAAGAAAAUGCUUGUUGUAAAUGUUUUGAUUGUUUUUUUCCCAGAUUUGUAGACAACAAAUGUAGAAAAAUUCCUGUGGGUUUACAUGAUGUACAAAGUCAGUUAUUUAUUAUUUUUAAUUAAUGUACAUUUUGAAGGAAAGUUUGUUGCAGAAAGAGCUGAGAUUGUACUAUUUAUACCUGUGGUUAUAACGUGCCUGUGUGUUCUUAUGUCAUAUAUUCGAAUUUACAGAAACCAAACAAAAUCAAACAACCAUUUAAACAAAACACGCUCAUAGCUGAGGAUCAUAGCGUCUGUCAUUUAUACAGUUCAAUAGAUCACACUGGGUUAAACAUGGAUUCACUCACUAGCUGGUGGUAGGUUCUGUGUUAGAGAUGCAAAGGUUGUGAGUUCAAAUCCCAUGAACUGAGCUACAUAAAGACAAGGAAAAUUUCUGUAAAACAUUUUAGGAAAAAAAUGUAUGGCAGAAGUAUAGCGAGAGGUAAUUCGAGGAUUGUUCAGUAGGUGACAUCUACAGGGUAACUACAGAUCAGUAUAAAAUAGCAGAGGAAGAAAGUCCAUGACCAUAGAGGAACCGCAAUGUACUGAUCUGUAUCUUUGAGUUCAAAUCCCAGCACUGACCGAAAGCCACAGCUGGACCUUAAGCAAAACCCUCUGAAGAUGAAUGAAAGAGUAAAGGUCUUUUUGUGUAUGCUUAAGGUUUCUUAGCUUCGUAAGAGUUAUAGAUGGUUUCUUGUAGAGAAACGCUGUGCUCUAGUGUUCUACAUACAACCGUCAGGGACAACCAGAAACCCUGUAAAGCUUCCACGUUUGACCUUUUUUCUCCUAAGCGUGUACUAAUGUGGUGUAGUAUCGCAGUAGACAGAAGCAACAAACAAAUACUUGUUUUUAUUUUAAUUUUUUUAAACUGCUGUCAUCUGUGAGAUGCCGUUUAAUCUGUUAGGAUUUUUAUAAAUCAUGUAAUGGACAACCAGCAUAAAAAGUGUUACCUGUUCUGCAUAAAGGCCCAGCAGUGGCUCUUUGGGAAUCCUGCUAUUUAAACUCAUACAAAAGUUUGUGCACUGAGUUUCCACUGAUAGUGAGGAAGAAGCUCUAGUACAUGCUUAUAAACAAACACACACACACAAAAAAAGUAAAUUAUGAAACUGUGGAUCCAGUGAAUUGGCCUGGUAAUACACUCUGUUCUGUUACAUCAAAAAAACACCAUACAGUAGAUCAGGUUUGUCCAGCAAUAUUAGGAAUCACAUACACAGUGCUCUGUUUUGAGUAUUUAACCAUGUGUGUAAGUUUAAGCAUGUGAUCUACAGUAAAGUCUUAGGCAAUAUGUUACUUUUUCUUUAUAGAAAAAAAAUCUGUAACAUUUGGUUUUGGUUAGUAAAGUAGGUUUCGAAAUGUAUUUUUUUUUUUUUUACUAACACAAUAAUACAAAAGUCAUAAAAUGAACAUUUAAGACAAAAUUAAUAUAAAAAAAGAGAUUACAUGGUACUGUUCAGUACUGUACAAUCUUUCAGUAAUAAUUCUGUUAUGAAAUAAGCUCCACUCUUUUUCCAUUAUACAGCUUGUAUGUUCGGCUCGGAGUGUGAUUUCUACAUCUUGGGUUUUUUUCUAAAAGAAAUGUGGUCCUUACACUCGUCCAUGAACUAUACUGACCAAACGAAUGAUAGUUUGUUUUAACUGCCAUAACUGUAAUGUAACAUUUUCCUAUUAGCUAUGAACAGUCUUUACAUACAGGAAAGAUUUGUUUAUGUGAGUGAUUUUAUCAUGAUUUGUGAAUUAAAUUUUUAAAAAUGUCAA